GUUUCUUCCUACGGCUAUAUAUUCGGUGCAAUGCCAUAUUCUUUCCGGUGCUGCUUUCGGUUGCUAAGGAGACGCGGUGGGCAGUUGAGGUGAACAUAAUGAUGAUCGUUUCUCAGUGAGAUUGGAAGGGUCUGUCUGGCCGGUUGCGGUGCGGAGGGGACGCCACAUACCUCGCCAGGAGUCUGACGGCCUGGCAAACACACCCCCUUCCUCCGCGAGCCGCCAUGGUGACUCUCAUCACAGAGCAACUCCGCAAACAGAAUCUGGAGGAUCCCCCUUACCACAGGGCUUUCUCUCUCAACGUGUCAUUGCCUGAAGUGGGUUCCAGCCCCACUGUGUGUUGGCGCGGGUGUGGGUUGAAUCCAGAGAGCAGUUGGUCUAUGUUCCCAUCCUCCAAGACCCACUUGCAGGAUGCCUCUGUCCUGUCCUCCCUGGACCCACUGGGAACACCUUUCCCUCUCCCCAGCACCUCUGUGACAGACCUGUCCCUGCAGAGCUCUCCUCCGCCGCCUCCUCCUCCCAAACGCCACUGUCGCUCCCUGUCUGUCCCUGAGGACCUGUCCCACUGCCGCAGCCCCUGGCGCCCCAGCGCCUCCAAGAUCUGGACCCCAGUCAAGCGCCGCUGCCACAGUGGAGGGGGUGUGGCCUGCAUGGGCGUUGGCUCCUUGGUUGGUUCCAUACCCCUCCGAGGCCCCAGCUCCUCCCUCACCUCCUCCCUACACUCCUCCUCCAGCCCCACUUUCUUCAGCCUGGCCAUGUCCCCUGACUCCCCUCUCCCCUGGGGCUGUCCCUGGGACCAUAAUGAUCUGCCCAGGGGAGGCUGCACUGGCUUCUUCACCGCCCCCUCCUCCUGCUCCUCCUCCCCCGCCUCGCUGGGUUCCUGUCGGCCCUUGCUGCAACGCCGCUUCUCUCUGUCCCCUGUGCACGUCCUGCCUCCCCAGCCCUCCCCCUCUCCUGCUCCCGGGCUUGUCCCACACUACCCUUCGAUGGAGCCCCCGGCCCCCUCUCCCUCCUCAGCCUGCAGUUCCCCGUCAUCCCCGAGGCGCGACCUACCCCCCUGUCUCCCACGCUGCCACUCUCAGCCCUGUGACCUGCGUAAGCCCGGCCUAAAGAGACGCCAUGAUGCGGACACCCUGCCCUACUACGUCAGGCCUGGCCUGGACUUCAGCAAGAUGACUCCGGUGAGCUUGAUUCGUAGUGGGGAGCCCCUGGUGUGUGGAGCGGCUGUCUACAUGGGGCUAGAGCCUGUUCCAGGGGACUUCAGAGGAGCCUUCUCUCCUGCAGACCUGGGAAGAACCAGCAUUGGACCGUUGAGUGAAAGUGAGGAAGAGAACAUAAAUAUGGGUGCGCAAGAGGCCGGGCAGCAGAGUGUGUUUGAGAGAGACUGCACAGAACUGGACUUGAACCUCAUUGAGGAGAAUUGAAAGUUUCUUGGUGCUCCGUGUGUGAUUGACAGCAUUCAUCGGCGUAUUCGCAUUACACCCCCCACCCCGGCCGAGCCCACGGGAACCUGCUGCCUUCAAAGGGGCCACAUUAGGUGCCCUUCAUAUCACUGGCUGACUAUAGAUUAAUAAGGCUCAAUUUUACCAUUAGUGUAAUGCAAGAGCAACUUUGACAAGCUCACGAUAUUCAGCAUUUCAGGACAAUGAUGUUCUGCCUGUCCAUACUCUGUGGGUAAAUGUGUCUACCCAGAAACACAAUGGAGAUGGCUAAGACGUGAUGAUUUCUGAAGGUCAUACUGUAAUAGCCACUUUCUAAUAAUCUGGGUAGUAACGCGCUACCACUACUAUAAUUAUAAAAAUGAUGCCGUUUGCUUGCGAUGGACACUCCUGUCGGCAGGAUACAUUCCUGAACGUAUGGCCAGUUGAGUUGCCAAAGGCCCCCUGAAAAGCCUUCACACAUCGGCUUUCAUGGGUGUAGGCCGAACGCUCUGAUGUGUUUGAUUUGGCCCAGUGGAAUACCCACACCUGUAAAGGGAAUCUAGGAGGGACUCAUGUGCUUUCCUCAUAGCUGGCAAAUUUAUAUUUUGCUGCUUCUGUUUCCCUUACUACUUAGACAAUGCAUUAAUUUGUUUUCCACAAUUGGCUGAAUUAAAUAUUGUACAUUAAUCAUGUACAAAGCAGGUGUUUCUGCUUGAAUGGUUUUUGUUCAUAACAUCCAGAUGUUUUCUUCUUAGUCUCCCAUAGAAAUGGAACCUUUAGUCUGUCCAUUUUGAUUCAGUUCCCCACUAAUGAACAGAUUACACUUGCACUGUAAUAGGAUUUCAAUAAUUGACUUGACGCUGCAGUUGGAUCCUUUAGGGCACAAUGUAAUGUACUGUACAGUGGUCACCUGUGGAAACCAUUUUGUAUGAGUGGAUGACUGUUUAGACGGGUAGCUCAAUUCUGAAUUUCAUUUAAUUUAAAAAAAUAUAUAUAUUCAAAUGAGUUUUUUUGACCAAUCAGAUUUUUUUUCACAGCAAUCUUUUUCAGAGCUGAUUUGAUUGGUCAAAAUACCAAUUGGUGAAAAAAAAAUAUCAAUUUGGCUGCCUGUCCAAACGCAGCAUUAGUGUGUGAGAAGGAACCAGUAGAUGCAGAGGAUUGGUGGCCUUUCGAGAGAUUAUUUUUAUUGUAUGUUUUCAGAUGGAAAUGUCUAUUUACACUUUGUGUACAAAUAAAGUUUAUUAGAGAAUAAUUUUGCAAAAAAA